UUUUUCUAUUUUAGGAAUCCGCGUGCAGCGCUUACUCUUUUGAAUUGUACUUCCUGCGUGUUGACAGACACAGCUUACACCGGCACUUACCUCCGAGCGUAGAGGUUCCGUUUGCUACGAUGCAGAACGUACUCAGGUCUGCGUUUUUAGCUCAAAGGCACCACAACGGCUGCGUCUUUGGGGCAGCUAUCUUCCACAUUAGCAGGCUUUGCAGCAGCACCGCAACAAGCAACAAGAACCCUGUUGUAUACUUUGAUAUUGCGGCGGACAAGGAGCCCCUUGGGAGGGUGACCUUUGAGCUGAAUGCUGAUCUGGUUCCAAAAACUGCAGAAAACUUCAGAACACUUUGCACUGGAGAAAAGGGCUUUGGAUAUAAGGGGUCUUUGUUCCACCGAGUGAUUCCUCAGUUUAUGUGCCAGGGUGGCGAUUUUACUAAUCACAAUGGCACAGGUGGAAAAUCAAUUUACGGACCAAGAUUUCCUGAUGAAAAUUUCGUUCUAAAACAUACAGGGCCUGGUGUGUUAUCAAUGGCUAAUGCUGGACCAAACACCAAUGGAUCUCAGUUCUUUAUCUGCACAGUCAAAACGGAGUGGCUGGAUGGCAAACAUGUUGUUUUUGGAAAAGUAAAAGAAGGAAUGGAUGUUGUUACUAAGAUCGAAAAAUUUGGUUCUAGAAGUGGCAAUACCUCUAAAAAAAUUAUCAUCACUGACUGUGGGCAGCUAGCAUAAAUGGAAAUCCCGCUCUUACAAAUAUGAACUACUGACUGUGAAUAAAUUGAUUACUGAAUUGAUCAGGAUUUUUAAUUUAUUUUAGUCUUCACAUUUUGUUGUCUUCAGUUUUCUUAGUUAAUUCAUAGAUCAUUUUAUUUGAGUGAAAAAAAUAUUUUCUUAGGAAUUAAAACAGAAACUUCAUCAUUAACACUGGUUUUCAUCACUGAGAAUAACAAAGAAUUUUCUAACAUAAAUUUGUAUUUUUCUAUGGCUGAAUAAAUAUGUGGUAAUUGCUGUAAAAGAUUUUCAUCAUUUCUAAUAAAUGGUGUGCAGUAGA